AAUUGAAUCCGCAUUUAGUUGCCUCAGAUUAAACGGUUCACACGGUUCGAAAUGAAGGAUCAAGUAUUCAUCCCAUCGCUUUUACUCGCUCUUUGUAUCUGCGGAAUUGAAGCAAUUGUAUUGCCCAGGCUGCCGGAAAACAUACAGGAUUUUAAAUGUGAGGACGACGAUAUAGGAUUCAAGUUCAACUUAACAGAUUUCGCGGGCGACUGGUAUGAGGCUCUGAGAUUGCCCAAUGUUCCGGGAAUGGAGUGCCUGAAUGUCUCGAUUCCCUCGGAAGUCAAGGACAAUAAACUCUCUUUGGAUUUGAACUACGUUACCAUACUCAAUAGUAGUUGGACCCUUAGCAGGGAAGCCGUGAGCUUUCCCUGGAACAACUCCACCCAGUACGGCAUCUUCCACCCCGAUGCGAGUGAGGUCUCCUACAAGCUGGUGACCACCGACUACGUUUCCAUAGCCGUUGUCUGCGGCUACGGUAAAAACUCCGUGAUCCCCAUCCUCAAGCUCUUCACUCGAGAUCGCGAGGUCAGCGAGGAGAUCGUCGACCUGAUCAACACCCAGGCCGAGCAAUAUGGUUAUAGCUCCCUGAUCUACUGGGAAAAGCAAUCCCUCGAGGAGUGCAGGGAACCCAGUGGCCCAGUGGUAGGGUAUCUCGACUGCAGCGUUCUCACUUAUUUUCAACUAUCGAUAGUGCAAGUACGAGUUCUAAGAAAACAGGAUAUCAGCCCAUACAGGUGCACGUGUAAAUGUAGAUAAGCUGUAAGCCUUAUCGGCGACAGUGAGUCAUCGCAUAUUGAAAAUUGAAUACUUGCUGCAUACGUAUGCGUAUUCAUUAAUAAAUCGGCAGUACUGAUAAGCA